UUCUACACAUCUAGUAUACGGUAAAUCCAAGAUUGUUUUCUAUACAAAAAAAAAGAAAACUACUUCAGAUGUGUAAAAAGAAAAAAAUAAUUAUAUAUCACGUGCAUGGUACAUCCGGAUGUAAAAUAGUAGACGGAAGUGAAAUAACAUUAAAACUGAUAUAUGUUUACUAAAAAAGGAGAAUAAAAAAAAGGGAGGUGUUUAACCCUUGAAAGUGUAUAUGUGGGAAGGAGGAGGGGGGUUCAACCACCACCUACCAGAGUCUCUUGCCCAACGAACAAAUUUAAAUGAAACAAUGAAUUUUAUUCAUUUAUCUUCUUUCCUUCCCCCACCCCAUCUUACUACGUGUCCCUUACGACCCCUUUUCUUCUCUUUUUUUCUCCUCUUCUUCUUCUUCUUUCUCUCCUUCUCACACGCUCUCAUUUAACCCCAAUACUUUGUGGCUGUCUUAUUAUUAUUAUUUUUUUCUUUCAAAAAUUAUUUAUAUAUAUAUUUAUAUUUUCCCACUGUCAAAUGUAUAUUUUGUACCGUCUUUUUUGAGGGGCCAAUUAAUCUGGGUUGGCUUAUUAUUAUCUUGCUCUAAAUUCUACAUUAUUUCAACAUCAUUACUCUAUUAAAGCCUACAUUAUAUAUAUACACAUUAUUAUACUUAUUCCAGCUAAAUUAGCUCAACCACAUCAUAUAUCCUUGCACAUUUUUGUGUGUGAGUUUGUGUAUGUGUAUGUGUAUGUGUAUGUGUGUUUUAUUUUUUCCAUCAUCAAAGGUUGAGCCUAGCGAGCAAGCCGCCCCUGUGUCGUGUUGUGUCGUGUCGUGAUUGUUUUAACAAUGAGUGUAAAGAAUAAUAUGGGCAAAGCUAAAUCAGCUAUACUAGUUACAGGAAGAGCCCUUAAUGAAGGAAUAAGUUUCUUAGUGUUUAUAUUGCUAGACCUUCUAGAUUUCAUCUUAUGUUUGGUGUACAAGAUUGCAGAUUUCGUUGUCGAGGCGGAGUGGAAGCCGUGCUACUGCUGCUCCUCCUCCGCCAAACAAGCGAUGGCCGUUACGAGUACGGGCAAGACGAUCUUGGUGUCCGAAAAAGGCGAGUCCACCAAGAUCGUCCGCCUUACAUCCACCAAACUUCAACUCGAAGACGUUUCCGACACUCUUUACACUCGUCCUUCUCUAGUGUCAGAGAUCUCCAAGACUACCGUCAACGAACUCAGACGCCUUAACAAGGUUGACACUACGAAUAUCAUCACCAAACACCACCACCACCACCAACACCACACUUCCUCGCUCAUCUGCGAGAAGAUGACCACGAAAACUACCGCGAAUAAUACUAAAAAAAAUGGAUCCACCACAUUUACUGUCAACUCAACCAUUGUUGAAAUGCUUCAAGGUAAAAUCGGAGGUAUGCAAUCUUUUCCGAUUCCACGGUGGUCGGAUUGCGAUUGCUCGACUUGUUGCUCUUGGACUACCUCCUCUAAGGAUGCUCUCUUUGUACAUUCUGAUGGUGCUAAACCUGGAGAUAAGACUUCAACAGAGGAUGUGUUAUUUAUUCACGGGUUUAUAUCGUCAUCCAAAUUUUGGACGGAAACUGUUUUCCCAAAUUUUACGGCAGCAACAAAAUCUAAGUACCGGUUAUUUGCGGUGGAUUUGCUAGGGUUUGGUAGGAGUCCAAAGCCUACUGAUUCAUUGUACACUUUAAGAGAACAUGUGGAAAUGAUUGAACGUUCUGUAUUGGAAACUAACAGAGUUAAAUCCUUCCACAUUGUUGCCCAUUCUCUUGGCUGCAUUUUGGCUCUCGCCCUCGCCGUUCGCCACCCCUCCAAGAUCAAAUCGCUCACCUUGAUCGCUCCUCCGUAUUUCCCAGUGCCAAAAGGGGAGCAAGCGACACAAUACGUGCUAAGACGAGUAGCACCACGACGCGUAUGGCCACCGAUAGCAAUGGGGGCAUCCAUAGCAUGUUGGUAUGAGCAUAUUUCUCGGACAGUUUGCUUGCUCAUCUGCAAAAACCACCGAGUGUGGGAAUUUCUCACCAAACUUGUCACCAGAAAUAGGGUACGAACGUAUCUAAUGGAAGGUUUUUUCCUCCACACUCAUAAUGCUGCUUGGCACACCUUGCACAAUAUAAUCUGUGGAUCAGCCAGCAAGCUUGAUAAAUACCUUGACGUGGUUAGGGACCGGCUUAAAUGUAACGUGAACGUAUUUCACGGUAGAGACGACGAGCUUCUUCCAGUCGAGUGCAGCUACAAUGUCCAAACUAAAAUUCCUAGAGCUCAAGUUAAGGUGUUCGAUAAUAAGGAUCACAUCACCAUUGUUGUAGGACGUCAAAAGGCUUUUGCACGGGAGCUAGAAGAAAUAUGGUCUAAUUCAUCAUCUUCAAGUGCUUAAUUAAGCAAAGAUUAAGGACUACUCUUGAAGUUUGAACAGCACAUACAUAUAUAUAAGUUCCUACAAGUUUUUUCUCAACUCCUUUUCUAGUAGGAGGGGAAAGGGAGAAAUCAUCAUCAUUUAACUAUUCCACAUUUUAUAAGAAUUGCCCUUCAUUUUUAGGGUUUUCUUCCUUUUCUUCUUCUUUUUUUUUUUUUUAUUUUUUUAUUUUCCUCCCAAAAAUUAGAAAAACAAAAAAAAGAGUGCCAACUCCUAUUAAGGUAGGAGGUGUCAAAUUAAAUUAUUGCCCAUUCACAAUUUGGGUGUGCAUUGUUAAUUAAUUGCCUAGUUUUAAGCCAUAAUUAAGCUCAUUACUCAAAAUCGUAGCUUGUUUAUUUGAUAAGAGAAAAUGUGAAUCCUUAUUA